AGCGCGUGUUCCACUCGGAAGCGAGUACAGACCAGGGUUAACAUCAAACGACAUUGGCAUUCAAGUGUGCAAUUGAUAGACUGUCGCUAAUUGCCCGCGCCCCUCUUCCUGCUGCUGCUGCUCUACCGCAUCGCUGGCAUUCAACUUAGGCAUAAAUAUUUAAGAGGUCACACGGGGCAAGUGCUCUAAAUUGAGAGUGAAAGAGUCAAGAUGCGGCACAUGCUCUGGCUGCUGCUGCUGCUGUGGCCAGUUGCUGCCAGUUCGGAGUCCACGUGCGGUUCACUGGAGCUGCGACAGCUCGCGGAUUUCCAGAAAUUGCGCAACUGCAGCAUUGUUGUCGGUCACGUGCGCAUUGCGCACCUGCAGCUGCCCGGCGAUGCAAAUCUCAACCAGCUGCGCAGCGAGGUUACGGAAAUCAGCGACUAUCUGAUGAUCUAUCGCUGCUCCGGGCUGCUUACUCUGGAGUCCAUAUUUCCCAAGCUGCGUCUGAUACGCGGCCGGAGGCAGCUGUUCGAUCAGUAUGCCCUCACCGUCUACGAGAAUCGCAAUCUCAGGGAGCUGGGCCUGGUGGCGCUUGUGCGCAUCCAGGAUGGCUACAUUCGGGUCGAAAGUAAUCCCAUGCUGUGCUUCGUGCAGACCGUGGACUGGAUUUAUCUACUUGGCAACCCUGCAACGCAGCAUUUCUCUAUAAAGCACAACAAGUCGCCGAAUCAUUGUCCUGUUUGCGGUGGGCUCUCCGCCGAUUAUUCCUAUCGUUCCAAUUUCACCAGACACUGCUGGAACACGAAGGCGGCCCAGCUACGUUUCGAGCCGCCCCGCACCAAGGAUUGUCCCGAGAAGUGUGGCCGCAAUGGCUGUGAUGCUGCUGGGAAAUGCUGCGAGCCCAGUUGCAUUACGGGCUGUUCGAUUGAGAACUGUUCCCUUUGUGGCAACUAUCAGCGGAAUGGUCGCUGUGUGGAGCAGUGCGUUGCCAGCUAUGAGCUGGACAAGAGGCUGUGCAUCUCGGAUCGGGAAUGCCGUCAGCUGAAGCUGAUUCCACUGACGCGUGGUUAUCGCUGCGUGGAUCACUGCCCAGACAAUCACAAGCCAGUGAACGACACCCAUGGAGUGCUGCAAUGCCAGCUGGAGUGCAGGGGUGUGUUCCAUGUGAAGCGGCAGGCGGAUCUGGAGCCGCUGCAGGACUGUGUGACCCUCAAUGGAUCGCUGAUUAUCGAGCUGGUGGACAUAAAGGAAAAAAUUGUCUCUGCUCUAGAGCAAACCUUGGGCAGCAUUAAAGAGAUUACCGGCUAUUUAAAGGUUUUGCACUCGGCCCAGCUCAUGUCGCUGACCUUCCUCAAGAACUUGGAUACUAUACGUGGCGAUCAGCUAAUUGAAAACAAAUACGCCCUGUCCGUUGUGAACAAUUACUACAUGGAGCACAUUUGGCCAGCAAAUCGUCAGGUGGCCAUACAACGUGGCACCAUAUUCUUUCAUUUGAAUCCACGGCUAUGCUAUGAGAAAAUCCUUAAGCUGCAGCCCUCAUUGAAGAGUGUUCGCAAGAUAUCCAUAGCGGAUGUGUCGCCCAACUCGAAUGGUGAGCGUGUCAUAUGCGGGGAUGCGGUGCGCACUCUGGACGCACAGGUUGAGGAUAUUAAUUCUACGGCGGUUCGCAUUGCGGUUGACUUUAUGAAAUGUGAGGAUAUGGAAACAUUGAUCGGCUACUCGUAUCACUAUAUGGAAGCGCCGCAGGGCAAUAUCACCAUGUACGAUGGUCGCCACGGCUGCGGACAUGAUGACUGGCUUAUGGACGUCUCGCCAAGCAGGAAUCGCCGUCACGUGAUCUCCAACCUUAAGCCCUAUACACGAUAUGCAUAUUUUGUUAAGACCCUCACACGCACCGAUUACCACAUGCAGGUGGAUGCAUACUCCAAGAUUCUGUACUUUCAUACGCUGGCCAGCAAGCCGAGUCCUGUGAGUCGCCUCCAUGGCAGCUCGGAGCAUAGCACACAGAUUAUGGUUUACUGGUGGCCACCGCGUCGUCCCAAUGGUGUUAUAUCCAAGUAUUUUGUUAGCAUUGAGCCGCACAAUCUGACCGAGCCGGAGGCCAGCAACAAGAACUAUUCCACGUUCAAGGCGUGCAACAGCUGCGAUUUGGACUGCGUCUGCAAUGAUCUGGUGCCGUACGAUUCUGGACCACAGCCUGAGGAUGAGAGCUACUACAACAAGGAGCAGAUAACAUACGAGGAUGCUCUGCCCAAUCUCAUCUAUGUUUCACGCAAAAUGAAAAUGAAGAAGGAAAAGUUUAACAAGGUCAAGGACUUUGAGGAUCUUAUAGCUGGUCCCCAGCCAGCAGCAGCUGUGGAAAGUACCAGCACAAUAGCUCCAGAAACUGCCUUGGCCGACAACAGCUCGCUGGCGAGCAAUUUUUCGGCAAUAGCUGAAGAGGCAUCCAAAAAUUAUGAACUCUAUCGCCAGUUCAUGGAAGAACGGGCGCGUCAGGUGCAGGAUACGGGCAUAGAAGACUUUCUAAUCAGCCAUCCGCUGCCCAAAUGCAACGAUGCCCAUGCCUCGGUGAGCUACCAGCUGGAACAGAAAUGUGUCGUCGCGGAAGAGCCAAAGGGUGCCAUUGUACCUGGUACACAGAAUUCGUAUAAGUUGACCAACCUUCAGCCCGAUCAGUACUAUCGCAUUUCGGUUCGAGCUUGUGUGGAUGGCGUCAUCAACGGCUGCUCCAAUCCAGCAGAGAUGAUCCUGAAGACCAUCAGCGUGCAGGUGGACCAGUUUAUGAAUGGCCAAUGAAGGGCAAUGUCUCAUGCUCUAAUGUACAUAUAUAAGAUUUAAUAUAUACUCUUCCAUUUGAAUGUAAUCAUUUAUUUAGAGCGCUUAGUUUAUUAUACUUAGCUUUAAGUCUUACGUAAACUGACAGUCGGAACUGCACAUUCCUCUCGGUUAUAGCUGGUUUUGGAGAGAAUUUUAAUAUUGAUUUCCAAGUGAUAUUUGUAGUCUAUGUAAGAGAUGCGUGAAAUGUUAAAAUGUGUUUGCGAAAGUUCCUUCCAAU